CCUGGGUGAAACAUCAGAGCUCUUUCAGACUCAAGUGUUGACGGAAUGACAUGGUGCCCCCUGAAACAUGGGAGACACUGUGGAAAAAAGCCUAGAAGGACCCCUUACUCCUCUGGACGAGGGCCAUUCCAGGAAAAGAGGGGAUCUGGUGGAAAUCUUGAAUGGCGAAAAAGUGAAAUUCGAUGACGUGGAGCUCUCGAGAAUUCUACAGAAUGGCCUGGAAAACCUCCGACUGGAGAACUCCCUGACUGAUGUCAUCUUGUGCGUGGACAUUCAGGAAUUCUCCUGCCACCGGGCUGUGCUUGCUGCGGCCAGCAAUUAUUUCAGGGCCAUGUUCUGUAAUGACUUAAAGGAGAAAUAUGAGAAGAAAAUCAUCAUCAAAGGCGUGGAUGCAGAAACUAUGAAUAUUCUAUUAGACUAUACGUACACAAGUAAGGCUCUCAUUACCAAACAAAAUGUCCAGCGGGUCUUGGAAGCCGCCAGCCUCUUCCAGUUCCUUAGGAUGGUGGAUGCCUGUGCCAGUUUUCUCACUGAAGCCCUCAACCCUGAAAACUGUGUUGGAAUCCUGAGACUGGCAGACACACACUCCUUGGAGCACUUGAAGAAGCAAGUUCAAAGCUACAUCAUUCAGAACUUCACCCAAAUCUUGAACUAUGAUGAAUUCCUGGAGCUUCCUGUGGACACCCUCCACCAUACUCUGCAAAGUGACGACCUCUACGUCACUGAGGAAUCCCAAGUGUUCGAGAUGGUGAUGUGCUGGGUCCGGCACAAGCAGUCCGAGAGACUUUGUUUGCUCCCUCGAGUCCUUGAGAAAGUCCGCUUGCCUCUUCUGGACCCUUGGUAUUUUGUGGAGACAGUGGAAGCGGACCCGCUUAUCCGACAAAGCCCUGAGGUCUUCUCACUUCUACAGGAGGCGAGGAUGUAUCAUCUAUCCGGCAAUGAGAUUAUUUCAGAGAGAACCAAGCCCAGGAUGCAUGAAUUCCAGUCUGAGGUAUUUAUGAUCAUUGGAGGCUGCACUAAAGAUGAGAAGUUUGUGGCCGAAGUGACCUGCCUGGACCCACUGAGGCGCAGCCGCCUGGAAGUAGCCAAGCUCCCCAUUACUGAGCAGGAACCAGAGAGUGAGAAUAAAAAGUGGGUGGAGUUUGCCUGUGUGACCUUAAAAAAUGAAGUCUACAUAUCAGGUGGUAAGGAAACACAGCGGGACGUCUGGAAAUACAAUUCUUCCAUCAACAAGUGGAUACAAAUUGAGUAUUUAAAUUUUGGCCGAUGGAGACACAAAAUGGCAGUUCUGGGCGGCAAAGUCUACGUCAUUGGUGGCUUCGAUGGGCUACAGAGGAUUAAUAACGUGGAAACAUAUGACCCUUUUCAUAACUGCUGGUCAGAGGCAGCCCCUCUCCUGAUCCACGUGAGUUCCUUUGCCGCUGCCAGCCACAAGAAGAAGCUCUAUGUGAUUGGGGGAGGACCCAACGGAAAACUGGCAACAGACAAGACUCAGUGCUACGACGCAUCGGCCAACAAGUGGUGCUUGAAGUCAUCCAUGCCGGUGGAGGCCAAAUGCAUCAAUGCCGUCAGCUUCCGGGACCACAUCUACGUGGUGGGUGGGGCCAUGAAAGCCUUGUACUCGUACAGUCCUCUGGAGGACAGCUGGUGCCUGGUGACCCAGCUCAGCCAGGAGCGGGCGAGCUGCGGGAUCUCCCCUUGUAACAACAGGCUGUACAUCACCGGGGGGCGGGAUGAAAAGAACGAGGUCAUUGCCACCGUGCUGUGCUGGGACACGGAGACUCAGAAACUGACCGAGGAGUGUGUGCUCCCCCGGGGCGUCUCCCACCAUGGCAGCGUGACCAUCAGGAAGUCCUACACCCACAUCAGGCUCAUCGUCCCUGGCGCGGUUUCAGUAUGAUGAGCAGAGAGGGAGGAGGGGCAGGGUGUGUGGGCAACAAGGUUUCAUAUUUAUUUGGUGUUUUAAGGUUUACAAAGCCCUUGCCUCACAGAAGCCCUGUGGGGGAGGCUGGGCAAGUACCAUCAUCCACAUUUAAUAGAUGCAAAAUGAGAAGCGAAGUCAUGCGAUUCUGAGGAUAAGGCCGGUGUCGGAGCUGGAAUUCGAACCCAGGGCUCUCGAGCGGAAGCCCACUGCUCUAGGGAAACUGGAUGGUGACCCAAGUACACAUCCCAUCUUCUUUAGGAGAAGGCUUGGGUCAGGGUUUAAGUCUCUUUCUUGGAAACAGGACCAUAUGGUCCAUACCAUUGGAAAUUCUACUGGAUGCCAUCAUUGGCCAAGGCCUUCCGAGUCAUUGGUGUCUUGGGUUCCUAACUGCUUUGGCACAUUUUUGGUGAAAAAUCCAAAAGGAAGAUUCAAGGAAGACCAGCCUUCAAACACAUUUAGGACAUUUAGUUUUCCCAUCUCCUUUCGGAAAACUUUAAGCCAAAAAUCCUAUUUUAUCAGAGAGAGAGAGAGAGAGAGUGUGUGUGUUGGUUUUUUACUCUAUCAAUGUGUGGGCUUUUGCGUUGUUUUGUUUUGUUUUGAAGUGUAACUUAACCUUAUUUAUAGAACUUGGCGCCGACUCUGCCUGCCGCCUCCCUGUGAUGUCAUUCUAUUUGUCAGAGGGAGGCAUUCCUAAACAAUCAAGAGAACUCCAAGAGGUGUGUGUAUGUUUGCUUGAGAUUACCCUCAUUGCAGGAGAACAAUCUGAUUUCUCUUCUCUUGGGCUUUUGGGACCUGUCCCACAUCUUAGUCAUGAAAGGAAAGGAAUUAUGGUUUUCUUUCUGUUUUGAAACCAAACACGGUGGUGGGGACUGAGGCUGGCCUCCAGGCCCCAAGGCAGGCAGGCCUAGCCAAGAUACACUACCUGGGCUCUUUCAUCUUGGCAGUGGUUGGGGAAAAGCUUUGGGAACUACCUGUCUGCUGGGAAGGGAUGACAACGUGCCUGGUGUCUUCUUCCCAAUCAAGAACCCAUCUUUCUCUUUACUUUGUGCUAAAUGUACAGGUUGGAACACGUGGUCCAGAUCUGCCAUUUAUUGAUGUCCAAUGCUGGUCACGUCAUUAGAAUGAAAGAAGCAUAAACUACCUACUCUGUGCUACGUGUUGGGUUACAAAGACCAAAAUGAAAACGGUCUUUGCCCUUGGGAGUGGACAUUCUUUUGG